UCAUCCAACCAUGAGCGGCAGAGGCAAAACCGGUGGCAAAGCCAGAGCGAAGGCCAAGACCCGCUCCUCUCGUGCUGGUCUCCAGUUCCCAGUCGGUCGCGUCCACAGACAUCUGCGCAAAGGCAACUAUGCGCAGCGUGUCGGCGCAGGAGCCCCCGUCUACCUGGCGGCUGUGCUGGAGUAUCUGACCGCUGAGAUCCUGGAGCUGGCUGGAAACGCUGCACGCGACAACAAGAAGACCCGCAUCAUCCCGCGUCACCUACAGCUGGCUGUCCGCAACGACGAGGAGCUCAACAAACUGCUGGGCGGAGUGACCAUCGCUCAGGGCGGCGUGCUGCCCAACAUCCAGGCUGUGCUUCUGCCCAAGAAGACCGAGAAGCCCGCCAAGUCAAAAUAGACAUGGCGCCCGCCAUCUAGACCACAAAGGCUCUUUUAAGAGCCACCCAAUCACACAAAAAGAGCUCUGAUCCUCAUAUACUUAAUGUAUCGUUCUCCCUGCUUGCAAUAAAGUUGAGUAACCGUGAGUCAACAGUCAAUGAUUUAUCCCAUUAGCCAGUUCAUAUGAACCCAUUGAGGCCAACCUGAGUUCUCAAUCUCGUUAAUAUGACGUAGAUGUCUGUCAUGUCGUGUCCUACUGUAAAGCUCAGUCACCUAAGCCUCGUAAGAAAGCAAA